GGCUGCGACAACAGGACCGGCCCGACGCUCAGGGAGAUUCCGGUGCUCAAUUUGUUCAUUCGCUUGUCAAUCAGACCGUGAGCUGGUGUUGGGGUAAGGAGAUGGUACCUCCCCGGUCAAGCGUAUUCAGGUUGCACCAGGCUACUUUGAACAUCAAAUGAUCGGCCUGGAGAAUGGAUGGAAACAGCAGCAUUAUUACUUCGGCAAUUCUAGCCAUUGAUUACAUGGAUUCUUUACUCCCGCAAAAUCCCUUACAAGAGCCUUUCAAAAAUGCAUGGAACUACAUGCUGGACAAUUUUACCAAAUUUCAAAUAGCUACCUGGGGUUCUCUUCUUGUUCACGAAGGUGUUUAUUUCUUGUUCUGUUUACCGGGUUUUAUUUUUCAGUUUAUUCCAGCCAUGCAGAAGUAUAAGAUACAAAAGGACAGGCCUGAAAGUAUUGAGAAACAAUGGAAGUGCUUCAAAGUGCUCUUGUUCAACCACUUCUGCAUCCAGCUGCCACUGAUCUGUGGUACUUACUACUUCACUGAAUUCUUCAACAUUCCGUAUAACUGGGACAAUAUGCCACGAUGGCAGAUCAUUGCAAUGCAAUGUCUGGGCUGUGCUAUUGUUGAGGACACUUGGCACUACUUUCUACACAGACUGUUGCAUCACAAGAGAAUCUACAAAUAUAUUCAUAAAGUUCAUCAUGAAUUUACGGCUCCCUUUGGCAUGCAAGCUGAAUAUGCCCACCCAGCAGAGACACUCAUCCUCGGAAUGGGUUUUUUCAUUGGCAUCAUGAUCUUCUGUAAUCACGUAAUCCUCCUGUGGGCUUGGGUGACCUUUCGUCUCCUGGAAACAAUAGAUGUACACAGUGGUUACGAUGUUCCUCUAAAUCUUCUGCACUUGAUUCCAUUUUAUGGUGGUUCCCGUUUCCAUGACUUUCAUCACAUGAACUUUGUUGGAAACUACUCUUCGACCUUCACGUGGUGGGACAAGAUGUUUGGAACGGACUCACAGUUCCAGAUGUACAGUGAUAAGGUGAAGAUGGACAAGGAAAUGAAAAAGGACAAAUAAAUUCACAAAACCAACAACAUAAAAAUAUAACAGUUUUACAUCAAAUUACUAUAACCAGGAAAUCGAGAAAUCUAAUCAACAGCUGAACUGUUUCUUAAAUUGAUGCUCUUAAACUUCAACAUCAGGAACCAUUAUUUGGCUACCAUCUUUUAACAGAUAAAAUAUUCUAAACUUUUCUCCUGGAGUUCAACUGAAAAAGUAGCAGUGUUAACUAUACACUCGUACAAACAGAAUGUCAAUGUUUCUCAUGACCUCGAUUUGUAUUUCAUGUACCAAAUGCAUACAUUCAUUUUAUCACUUAUUUCAAAUUUGAAAGGAUAAUCUUAAACUUCUUUCUCUUUCUAAAAGGGUUAUAGGGGAAACAUUUUUAUGUGUUAUUUGUGGUGUUGAAACUUUAAUAUGAUUGGCCUUGUUAUUUUUGUAACUUCCUCUACAAUAUUUCCAUGUUAUACUGUAGAAUCAGUAAUUGUAACAGCAUGUUUUUAUAAACAUAUGUUAUGCUCUACAGUGUAAUUGCUUUUAAGGGUUGCAGCUCUGGAAUAAAGGCCUGAAGUAUU